AUGGACUCGUUGAUUUUAAAGCGAUUUAAUCUUCACUCGUCUCUGGAAAUGCGCAGAGAGGCAUUUAAAGAUCUUUUUCUAUUGAAUUUAAUAAACAAAGAUGGAGAGCACAAGGAGAAUGCGUCUGAAUUUUUGAAGAAAAUAUGUGGAGGUUUGGCCAAAGCCCACAAGAUUGAGGGGCUUGCCUCUCCCGUGAAUUAUGCUGAUUUCUUUGAGACUCUUUUCUUUUUAAAGGAUAAGCAAGAUCCUGCGAUUGUCUUUUUGAACAGCGCAGAAUAUAAAAAGUGUUUUGAAUUUGUAAAGGAAAGCGAUAAUGAGCUUCACAAGCUCAUACUAGGGUGUUUUUAUCUCGUAAAUGGCGAUUUUACAGCAUCGCUUAGGACAUUUGAGUGUUUGGAGAAUCAACAGACAGGCAACGAUUUUGUGCGGUAUGCCAAGGUUUUAGUGUCAUUUAUAAAAUCAAAAAGAUUGACCAAAAAGGAAACAGAAAAUAUAAAGGAAAGCCUGGCUAUAGAAACCGACCCGACUGUUCUUUACUAUAUCUCGAAGAUAUUUGAAAGCAUCGACAGUCGGAAUCUUCAGUUUGAGGCAUUGCAAAAAUGUGUCACUGUGCUUCCUAACAGUUGUGCAUUCUGUUCGUUGAUUGUAUGGCAUAUUCGUCAAAAAAACCACACAGAGGCCUACAGGUUGAUUAAAUCGUCAUUGAAAGACUACACUGAUUCCAUGAAUCUUGUUUGUAUUGCCUUGGAAUACUUCCUAAUGGAAAGAAAAAUAGAAGAAGCUGUUAGUCUUAUGGACAAGGCAGAAAAAGUAUUUACAAAUGAUCCAAGAAUCUUUUUGUUUAAAUACAUGAUCAGCGAGGCACUGGGAAGGGCCGAUCCACACUAUCUCUCACAAGGAAUUGAGAUUGAUCCGAGGUAUUUCAAACUGUAUGUGUAUUUGGGAAAUACCUGUCCAAGCGGAGAAGAAAGUGCAGCAGCAUAUAGAAAGGCGCUGGACUGUGCAAGAAAUUAUGAUGAAAUAUUUACCGCAUACCAGCUACUGAUUGUUACUGAAACACAGAAUGAGCUGUUUAGAGAGUUUCCUGAUUUAUUUGUUCAAGAACCAGCAAAAUGA